AUAAGUUAAGCAGCUUUCCUCAUAGCCACACGCACCCACCUGACAAGCCAGCUGCCUCAUAGUCUUGCAGUGUGCGGAUGUCAGGACUUCUUCGGGAGCCUGUUCACGACAACCUGAAUGCUCUAAGCUCGAGUUUGCAUGCAUUUCAUGCGCUACUUGCUUGCUGCUUUGGCUGGUGGAUCUUUUGCUCUUAGCGAGCUAGUACCGGUACGAUGUAGCUGUUCAUAGCGAAUAGAGACAGCUGCACGCUCUAUGGCUGGACUCUGUCAACUCGUAGUCUAUGCAUUCUGCACCCCUGACUUGUAACCUGGAAACAAUUAAUCGAGCUUGUCGGAACAAGUCAUUUUAAAAAGCUGACACAGACGAUCUUCCAGUUGGAGAGAUGGGGGAGAAGUAAUAAGUGGUCAAACGAUUGAUUGAGCCCGCCACCGCACCACCACAACACCACAACCGCACCUCCUUUGUCAUUUGACAAGAGUUGGGGUUAGAAUAAAAAUCUGACGUCAUUUCUCUCCCAGGCCCAAGCCAAAAGCGCCAUCGUGCCAUGAACCUCUCGCGGAAACCACCGGACGUCUGUAGAGCUCAGUACAUUUCUACAUGAGUCGUGGGAAGACCACCGGAAAUCUGGGGGCUUGGAAUACAAAAAUAAAAAUGAGGCUUGGGAAUAAACAAUUAUGGAUAACAAUAAGGAAAAUAGCGUUUUCUGGUGGUUUUAGAUUUCCGGUUGUUUCCGCGACAGUAGCUAGCUAGCUCCCAACCAAGGCCAGCUAGACUACCGGUAUCAAGAGAGUGAAAGUCAACUCUCCCUCGAAUCAUCAAAGAUGAUGUUGAAACUACCCUGGGCCACAUCAUCUAUCCUGAUUCUUCUUUCUCUUCGUUGUGAUGAGUCUGUGAGUGCUUUGGCGGUACCAUCGCCCACAGUUGGCAGCUGCAGACAAGAAGAAACAGUCCAGCUGCCAGACGAAGGUGCUUUUCAACUAUUACGAUCCAAGGUAGCUCACAGUGUCGCCAAGGGCGAACGACGAGCCGGCGAACGAGCAGCGCAAUUGCGACCCGUUUGUCGCCACUGUGCUCGCCCUGGCUCUCUUUGCUUGUGCCAUGUCUUGCCAGAGGACAAGAUUGCAACCAGCACAAAUAUACUGAUUCUUCAGCAUCCCAAUGAACGCCGCAAAAAGAAUUUGUCCACGGUCCCUUUGUUGCGAUUAGUCUUGAAAAAUGUGCAGGUGAUUGUCGGGUACACCUUUGAUGCGGAGGCAAUCGAGCCAGUCAGGGAUUUGCUGGCCAGAGGGAGAAAACCACUUUUGUUGUACCCAAGGGAGGAUGCUCUUUCCCUGGAAGAAAUGCCAACAUCAGCCCUGAUUCAAAGGACGACUCCUCCCUUGGAGGAUGGCACACACGAUUCUACUGACAGGAUGAACAACGACAAUCUACUGAUAUUAGUGGAUGGCACAUGGACUGAGGCCAAACGAAUGGUCCGAGACUCGCCAGACCUAGUCCGACACUGCCAACCGGUCCAGUUUUCGUCCGCUGGAUCUUCCAUCUAUGAUGCCCUUCGGCGGGAACCCGAAGAGCACUGCCUUUCGACGUUGGAAGCGUGCGUGCAAGCGCUUCAGUACUUGGAAGAGGAUACCCUUGAGCUGCAACAAACUUUGCAAAACGUCUUGCAAGGUCACGUCGAUGCCCAUCUGGCCAAUGCUCGUAUCAUGGCGCCACGGUUCGUGAAUGCAGCCUCCGAAAAGACACGUGACAAAAGCCAGCGUGUACGAGAAAUUGAACAUUCCAUGUUUCCCCUACUGUCCAACGACCACAACCAGAAAGGGUACCAUGAUGGAAAAAAGUACCAAGCGACAACUAUUGACUCUCCUGGCAGCUCAACCCCACAAGACCCGUUUUCGUCACGGCACGGAUCAUUUGUGUGGCAACGACUGCCCGAUGGUGCCUUACUACGAUCCCUGGAACCUUCCGAUGCUAUACUCGUGGAUUCCUGGUGGGAACAUCGCUCGUCCAAAUCAUUGCCUUCCAUGCUUCGUCGAAUCCAACUCGAUCAUACUGGCACUUUUUGCUUGGGUGUAGAAGACACUCAUGGCAAUUUGGUGGCUUGCAUUAUGCGCUAUGAAACAGGUGCCAUUGGUAUGCUUCAUGUGGAGAAACACGCUCGACGAAAAGGUUACGGGACAGCGCUCUUGCGACAACUCACGCAAGUUCUGGGACAACAAGGAGACGCACGAGUUGCCUUUAUCCACGAUGGGAAUACUGCUUCCGAAGCCUUGUUUCGCGCCGUGGGCUGGGAACCUGCAAAUGGCGAAGUAAAGCGCCAAACAGGAAGACGAAAAGCCAAACGAAAGUGGAUACACUUGUCGUCGUCGCAGCACAGUUGACGUCGGAGUCGCACAUACAUGACUCUUAAAUACUACAGUAGUAGAAGCAAUGGUCGGUAAAUUUGCAAUGCCAACAAUUGGCAUUGGCAUCAGGUCCAAAUCCCAACGCAAGGCCAGUUUGGGGCCCGCAAAAGUCUGCAGGGAAAUCUAGAAAGCUAAAGUGCAGCUAACCCGCACAAUACGGUACAUCAAGCUUGCCCGAUUGCUUAGCUACGGCAAUCGUGUGUUGCCUUUUCUUUCCUAAUCUCUUUCUAAAUGGUUUGUUAAUUAUAAAAGGGCAAUCUUUUUCCAGUUUUGGACUUCAACAGGCACAGCAAACAGAAGCAAGCGCGAAGACGAUGCCUUCAUUGUUGCAAUGGCCAGAGAGCUAUCAUAGCAGCACCAAAGCAGGUCUGUUCAUUCCAUGAGCCAUUUUGGAAUCGGCAAAAAUGGAAUUGUGAGGAAUUGGCAAAAAAGAAAUUGUGAGGAAUCGGCGAAAAUGGAAUUGUGAGGAAUUAGCGAAAUAGCAAUUGUGAGGAAUUGGCAAAAAAGGAAUUGUGGGAAGUCAAAUUGAAAAUUUGAAUUGUGAGCAAUCGGCGAAAAAUGGAAUUGUGAGAAAUCGGAAAAUUGAAAAUUAUAAUUGUGAGAAAUUGAAAAUAUAUUUUAAUUGUGAGAAAUCAGAAAUUGAAAAUUGGAAUUGUGAGAAAUCAGAAAAUUGAAAAUUGGAAUUGUGAGAAAUCGGAAUCUUAAAAUUGUGAGGAAUCAUAAACUCAGAACCGUGGCGGUGCUUGUGAAAUACAAAGUUUGGCUCAUUUGGCUGGACCUGCCACUCCUGGCCGACCUGCUGAGGUCCUCUACCACAGUGCCAUCACAGGCCAACAGUGUUUCUGUCAAAAGAGACCACAGUGUUCCCAAGCUGCGCUCGUGUGCCUUCAUGAAACCAAUGUCCUUAGAGGAGCCCAAGGUAACGUUUGCAUUGGGGCCAACCACCAUAUCAACAAGUUGACUUGACAUCGCCUUCAAAUCUGGGGUUGCAAUAGUAAGAGUUCGCAAGAAAGCCAUCUGAAACAGAGAGGUGAGUUUGCGAGGAGCCAUCAAGUUGGAUGGUACCGUUCUGCCAGCAGAUUGUGUUGACAUUGUCUUCCGGUAGCCACUAGCUAG